AUGGCAACAAAUUUCCAAUCAUCUUCCAGGUCUAAACGAGAGGAUCCAUUAACAAAAUUAGUCCAAUUACUUGAUGAAAAGCAACCCUAUGAAGAAUUCGAACGUCUUCGUUAUCCCGAUCUGGAUAUUGGUAACACCGACAAACUUCUAAGAAUACAAGGCUCCCUCGUUGGUCUUGCCAUCGGCGAUGCUCUCGGAGCAUCAGUCGAAUUUCGUCCUUAUUCAUAUUUGCAACAAAAUAAAGUGACUGACAUGCAAACUGGCGGCACAUGGGGUUUAAAAGCAGGCCAAUGGACGGACGAUACAUCUAUGGCACUUUGCCUCGCAGCUAGUCUUAUAGUUAAAGGCGAAUUCGAUCCUUAUGAUCAAUUCAUAAGAUAUAAACGAUGGUAUAAAGAUGGAUAUAUGUCUUCUACUGGUCUAUGUUUUGACAUUGGAAAGUCUACACGUCAGGCAAUUAUCGAGUUCGAAAAGCGUCAGACAAACGCUCAUUGUCAAUUAAUCCAAAGCAACCAAGUCCCUAAAAACACUCCUCUGGAUAAAAUAACAAAACAGAAUUUUCUAUCUCUUUAUAAAAAUCUAGAAUGUGGACCACCGGAUUCUGCUGGCAAUGGAGCAUUGAUGCGUGUAGCACCAAUACCUUUAUUUUUUUCGGAAUCGUAUGAUGCCGUCAAGAAAUGCAUCGAUGAAGCCACAACAAUUACACACAAUGAUCAAAGAGCGAUCGAAGCUUGUCAAUUUUACGCUGGUCUUAUUUGGCACGCCAUAAACGGUGUACCCAAAGAACAACUUUUAGAUCCAAAUUUUUAUCGAGACGUUUUAUGUAUAAAUUUAAGUGGAGAGGUGCUGAAAGUUGUUCAAGGUUCUUAUAAAAAUAAGAAAGGAUAUGAAGAUGGUAUUCGCGGAAAAGGCUAUGUAGUGAAUUCACUCGAAGCCGCUUUAUGGGCGUUUUAUAAAGACGGUAGCUCCUUCAAUGAAGGUGUUCUUCUUGCAGUAAACUUAGGUGAUGACACGGAUACAACAGCAGCUAUCUAUGGAGAGCUUGCUGGUGCUGUGUAUGGUAUCAAAAAUAUUUCUUCAGACUGGAUUAAUAAAUUGUUUCAAGAAAAAUUUAUCAAGACUGUAGCAAAAGCUUUAUACGUCACGGGACAAAAAUUCAAAAUUGAACAACAGCAAUCAAAUGAGCCAAAUAGAGAUCAUCGAAAUCAUCACCCAAGAAGUGCGAAUAAUAAAGAGUCUUCAGAUCGAAAAUCACACGAAACUGAUACACUACAUUCUAACCAAAAUGCAAGUGCGAAUAAUGCAUCGAAUUACGGCCAAUCCACAACUUCAAAAAAUGCAUCUGAUCGUAACCAAGCCAGAAACACACAUAAAGCUUCUCACCGAGAUGGACGGGGAAACGUGAAUAAUGCACUGCAUGACGAAGGCCCAGCUCAAGUAAUAAAUGAGUAG